AUGAAAACUAAACAACUCAAAGAGGAUUCGGACAAGAGUGUUGAUGAAGACACUAUAGAACCGAAGACUCGAGCCCGAAAGAAAGCUUCGGAUAAUACUGAAGAAGAUAAAUCUAAACUCAAUCAAGAUGAACAAAAACCUUCCAAAGAACCCAAAAAAGCUGUGGGUAAACCUAAGGCUGUAGUUAAGAAACGGCCACUUGGUAUAAGGAAAACUUUGAGAAAUAAAAAAGUUGUUGCCACUAAAGAAAAACUUAGGAAUGUUGUAAAGCACGCUGUAAAGAGAGGUAGAAAACCGGCAGUGAGGCCAGAACCUAACAAUUCUCUGGAAAAGGAAACCGUCCCGUUAAUACCUGUAUCUGAAAUUAAAAAGGAACCUAUUGAUGAUACAACACCCAACUCCAACUCCAGGUCUUCAAGUCCAAAGACUGCUGGAAGAAGGCAAAGGCUCAGCUCUGAUAUGGUCAUGAUGAAGUCCGUUCUAGGUGAUUCUCCUAAUACUCUGGUUCUGGGACCACGCACUAGCCCAUACUCAAUGCGCUCAGAGAGAAGUAAUAGUCCAUCAAUGUUUGAAGCAAAAAAUUUAAGAAGUGGUAAACCAAGGAGUGCAAAAAGCAAACUCUUAAGUGAAGUUGUGAUGAAAGAGCAAAAGAAGAGAAGAAGAUUGCUGUCAGAUUCAAAGCCCAGCGACACCAUAGAUGCUAAUGAAGAUAGCAAAAAACUAAAAAGGGUCCGCUCCUGUUCGAGGGAUGGCAGUGAGAUUUCCAAAUGCUCAGAUAUCACAGAAUCGGAUAUAAGCCUGAGUGAAACUAUUAAUGAUGCAGACAGUAACAAAGAGCUCAACAAAAAAUUAGAUAAAACUAAGACUGACAUAGAUGUAGAUAUUGAAAAUAAUGUACAGAUCUCAACUAUUGGAAAAGUGCCUUCUGUUAAUAAUGACUCCAAAUUGCCUGAAGCCAAGAUGGAUACAGAGCCUAGUUGUAAUGUGAUUGAAAAGGAUAAGAAAAAAUUGAGCUUAAAAAGAGCUACUUCAUUGGACUCUGACAACAAUAAUAGUAAUAAGCUUAAGUUAGAAAAUUUAAAUGCAUCAGAAAUAGAAGAAAAGCUGUUGCCGAAGACUGAAAAUGCACUGUUUGAGGAACGCAGUAGUAUAUUGACCAGUAUGUCAAAGACAUUUAAUUCAAAAGAGGUUUCUAAGAAUAUAAGAAAGGCUAGAAGAGGGAAAAAGGCAGCAGCCGCUGGAAAGUCCAACAGUACUCCAGUUGCUAAAAAUGGUAUUAGCAGCACAAUAACUAAUGACCCUUCCGAAGACAAACAUGAAACUUUAGAUACACUUUCUAAGGAAAUAAAUGAUCUCAUCAAUGAUCUUGAUCAGAAUAUAGACCGGGAUCAAGAAAUGGCAAAUGUGACAAUUGUAACACCUGAUCAGAUGCCAUCAAAAUCAGUUACCAAGUUCUACGGUUUGUCUAAACCACUAGGUGACAACAACAGCAUUGUAACCCCUGAAACACCAAUCAAAGAAAAAGAUGUACUGACAACGCUGCCAAAUGAAGUUACACCUUCAAAAACGGAUGACAGUGAGAACAUUAGGCUCCGCUAUGAAGAAGACUCAGUAGAAAAGUCGUCUGAUGGUCGAAGGCAUGAAAUACCCUAUAAUUGCCCGACUGUAGCUAGCAUAGAUAAGCUUAUGGACAGGCUCAAGGAGUUUGAGGAGUUUGAUAAGAGAAGGCAAAGGCAAGAAUCCGAAUCCAAGGCUAGUGACAACAAGCCACUUAUACUCACUAAUGACGUGGUGUUGAUACCUAAAUCGGGAGCAGACAUUAAACCUUUAAAAGACAUGCAACCAGCAAGAUCCCCAGAAAAACUUAUUGAGAAGGAGAAUGUUUUGAGCUGCUUCGAGAACAAUUCUGCAAUUUCAAUAGUAAAAAGGGAUCAGGUUAGGAAGUCAAUUGACGUAGACCUGCCAAAUUCAGUGACAUUGAUAAAGAGAAACAGUUUCAGCGCCCGCAAGGAGUCCACAAGUUCGAACCAUUCUAAGGAAUCCGAUGCAAUCAGCGUCUUCGAGAAGUCCUUGGGCAAGGACGUGACUUUGACCGAACUGAGGAAAUCAGUGGACAAGGGCCCAGCGGCUCCAAAAGACUUGCACCAAUAUCGAUCAUGCCACGCGUCGUUGAGCCAAAACUGUGCCAACAGCGAAGCUCAGACGAAGCGGAAAUCGAGGGAUUCGAUCUCAAGAAAGUCGUCAGAGUCCGGAGUCGAAAGCGAAGAGAAGUCGGCGACCAUGGAGAAGAUUAAGUCGCCCACUCAUCAAGUCCAGGCGGCGUUAAUCACCCCCCCUGUCGCAGUGAAAUCACCCGAAGCCGCACAGGCGCUAGAAACUGAGGUUUUAGCGCCUCCAUUGGACAACGUAAAUGUGGUUCCAGCUGACGUGGCGCUCGCUCCGGAGGCGGCCACUGCUGGAAAUCUCGCCGAGCCCGAAAGCGAGCUGGUAAAGCCGGAAACAAGCCUGAGCGACCACAAUCAGAGCGCGGGAGCGGAAACCGCUACGGUUCCAGAAACCGAGGCUCCGACGCCCGAUGUUCCGGCCAAGGUCGACACCGUUAAACCUCCGGCUGAGCCAAAGGAAACAGUGGAGCCUGUCAAGGCUACAGAUAACGCCGUCAAACCCAAAGAGGUCAAAGCAAAAGACCACCUCACCGCGCCCAAGGAGGCCGCGAUUCAGACGACAGACCCUAAGCCGCAACCCGACAGAAUACAGCCGAUCGCGAUGGAAACGGAAGAAAUAAAACCGAAGAGUCCAAAGGUGAAAUCGGCACGAAACUCCACCGAGGGCCAAGCGGGGCCGAGCGGCGCGAUCACGGAGACGCCCGAAAGCCAGAAGAGGAAGGAGAACGUGCUGCGGACCCUGGGGCUACUCACGCACAAGGCGGCGAACGAGGCGAAGAUGGAGAAGCAGAAGGAGAAGGAGCGCAUCUACGGGCCCAACUACUGCGGCCUGAUGGGCAACAAGAGCAAGUCCAGGUCGGACUACACGGGCACCCUGAAGACUGUGAUAAAGCUCAGCCGCAACUCGGGCGACAGGGAGAAAAAGAGGCAGAAGACCUCGCUGAAGAUGACCUUCCAGAAGACCAAGCCCCGAUCGGGGAAGAUGGCGCCGGAGGUCGGUGAAGCAGCAGGCGAGGACUAUUACACCAUCGAAAGACGCGAGGGCGGCGCGGGCGCUACGUCAGACGGUGGGCACAGAAAGUCACAUUACAGUAAUCGGCUUAACAACCACGAUGCGGAAGCCGCGCCGGAACCCGAGCCGUCGAAAGACACCCCCAACCUGGUGAUCCCGGAGAAGGCGUCCUCCUUCAGCAUCCACCCGGGCAGGCUGUGCAUGGACCAGUGCUUCUACUGCGGCGGCAAGUUCGGCCUCUUCGACACGCCCUGCCACAUCGCCCAGAUGAAGAGCAGCGAGCGUCAAAGGAAGGUCCUCGACAACGAGGAGAAGCUGACGAUAGACAGCUGCCUGUGCGACGCCUGCUACCGCCACGUGGACCGGCGAGCCAACUGCCCGUCGUACCGCAAACGGCCCCUCGUCAAACCACCAGACGCCCAGCAGCCCGCGCACUCAGAGAACGCGGUCGAAAAUCCUCGCAGCCCGUCCAUGGAGGACGAGAGCUCCGAGGAGGCGGUGCCCCCGCGCGAAGCCCGAAGCGCCAUCUGCCACACGGCCGGCUGCGGAGUCCUAGCGGACCACUCCAUACGGCGCAAGUGGCUCAUCAAGAUGCGCUCCAGCGUCAACAAGCUGUUGAAGUUGGAGUGCGACUACCCCGGGCUACACACGAUUCCCCUGUGCGGGGAGCACUACCGCGCUUUGGCACCGCUCAUGGCGUGCGUUCUCUGCCGACGACGCAUCACCAAACACCACAAUGUGCAUUUCAUACACCACGGUUAUUUGGAACUGAACCCGCUUCUGAAGGAGGCUGGUGUUCCGGUGCAGUUCACUGAGCGUCCGGUGCUCUGUAAGAUGUGCAGGAACUACUGCGCGGUGCUGCAAAGGCCUGGCCAUAAUGAUAAAUACGCGCAGGCUUGUAGACGCAGACUACUCCAAAUAUACAACAUACAGCUCCCGCCCGAGCUAGAGCAUGAAGUGGAGAACUCUUUGAUACUGGACGAUAGUGCGAUGAGUGGGAAACAGAAGAAAAAGGCUCGCACAAAGUCGAAGCAGCGUAAGUCCACAGAGCCCGACAGCAACAGGCGCCCAGACAGCGAAUCUUCAGAGAGGACAACGGAGAGUUCCCCUGAAAAGGAGAAGGCUAAAGAAGAUGGGGAGCCCAAAGAGUCGCACCCUCUAGAGGAGGACAUAGAGUGCUUGAUAUCGUCCAACAAAAUACCAGUGCCGGGCGCAACCAAGCAAACAGAGGGGGGCCACAGCGAUGGCUCUGAGACUGAGGCAGUGUUCGACUUGGACGCCCCACUGCUGCCUCUGGACAAGAGAACGGAGCUGCAAUACCUGCUGCAGAAGCAGAACAACCCUAAACAGUUCAUACAGCACCCGCCGAAUCUCACUCAGAAGCAACGGAACAUCUUGAAGGUCCACAACACUGGUAUACAGAAACCCUCCCAUCAGAGCCGAAUCAACGACAAGAACUCUAAAAGGAUACAUAAAAUCGGCCAAAUAUUCACCCACAAAGAGCGGCCCGCCAGGAACGAGGUGGACAUUGAAAUGUACGAAGCAGACAAGCCCAAAGAAGUAACAAUCUUAAAGAACAUAAACCUGAACGAAGAGUGCACCAUAGAGACCAUACCGAACAAGAAACCGGCCGACAUUAACACGCUGAAAAACAAAUGGCAGAUGUCUGAGAGCUUCACACAAGUAAAGAAGAAUCUUAGCGAGCUAUCAAAGAAACUCUCCGUGGACAAAGAGCCAAAGAAAACAGUAGACACCAAAUACUCCAAUCCGGUUAAACGACUGGAGACCAAUCCAUCGAUAUCGGUCAGAGAGCUAUUCCCCGGGGAAGAAGAAAUGAACCUGCAGUGCAAUAUAGAGUUCAACAACGUUAAAGGCGUAACGCCCGAGGGCUGGGAGAAGUGCAACACGAUGAUACAGUACGACGUGGAGACGAAGAAGCUGUGGCACGAGCUGCAGAGGCCGUACGGCAACCAGUCCAGCUUCCUGCGCCACCUGAUCUUACUAGAGAAGUAUUUCAGGAGCGGUGACCUGGUACUAUCUCACAACGCCUCGCCCAACGCGGCGAACUACAGCGACUCGGUACAGAGCCGUCUCAGGGCCUACGACAACGUUGCCACCGACGCGCCCCGUCGCAGCGAGCCCGCCAUCAGCCUGAUAGAGUUCCGCAAGAAGCCGUCAGUGAACGGCAAGAGUCUGUUGAAGUCCAGCCAGAACGCAGAAGAGAAGGACCCGAAGAGGUUCAUGCCGCCUCCAGGGCAGGUGCCCAAGCCCAAGCCUAAGAGCGCCGAAAAGCCCAAAGCUAAGCCGCUACCACCAGAGCUGAUCGCUAUCAAUACUCCGAACGCUCAGGGCAGGAAAGCAAUACAGAACGUGCUGCACAAUAUACAGCAGCUAGUGAAGGGCGUGUCAGCGGCUGACCCCACGGAAGUGGCCUCCGCGCCCCUCCCACCCCCGAAGUUCGACCAGCCCCCUAAAGAGAAGAAGGACACCCCACCAAAGGCGGAUACACCCAAGAAAACCAAGACAACAAGUAAACCUUGGCGUCCUACGCUGAUGCCAAUAACUCCGGAGAACCUGGCGAGGAUCGCGCGCGAGCCCACCCAGGUGGCGGUGGACGGGCGCACGCUGCCCAGCCUCGUGCAGGUGAUGUCCUCGGGCCAGCGCUACCACAUCACGCUGCAGGACUACAACAAGAUGUGCAUCAUGCGCCGCGAGAAGCUGCAGCAGCUGCACGAGGGCGAGGGCGGCGCCCGCCGCCAGGGCGAGGCGCUCGUCAGUGAGGUGCAGACCUGCACCAUGCUCGGCAACGGCGGCACCGUGCUGCAGACGCUGCCGCCGGCGGAGGCGGCUGCGCCCGACCUGCAGAUUGGCGCGAACGCCGCCACCAUACUGAAGAGCGUCGGCCUGAAGAACAUCACGAUCGCCCCCAUCCCCGCCAAGCCGGCGACGGUCACCUCGCAGACGGCGGUGGUGGGGGACGCCCCCGCCCCCGCUAACGCCCCCCCGGCGCCCCCUCCGCCGCAGAUGGUCAUGCCGAAGAUCCCCAAAUCGCUGACGGUGAUCCCGCAGAGCACGCCCGCCCUCCUGGUGCCGGAGCCGCGCCCC